AUGGAUGGGAGUAAUAAUGCGAAUACUUUUAACUCUAUCUACGAUGUAAAUAAUGUUUUAAAUAGUGUUAGGAGUAGGAAGAAAGUGUCUGAACUCCCGAAUUGUCCUGUAUGCAGUUGCACAAUUCGUCAGGGAGAAUUAGAUUCACAUUUAGCGUUAGAAGUUGAGCGGCUACAAAAAUUAUCCAGUGGUUCGAAAAGGAAGUUAAGUGUCAACUGUUCUACGCCGGUUGCGGGUUCGAGUGCCAGUUUGGACGAUAAUACGGAUGAUGUCGAUGUAACAGGGUGUCCUGGUAGCGAUGUUUAUGAAAGAGUCCAUGGCAACCGAAUGCGACGACUUCGGUCGCGUCGUCGUUCCCCUCCGCCCCAGACGGGGCAGGGCGAGUGCCCCGUGUGCAACGCGACGUUUCCUGUAUCGAGACUGCAGCGUCACGCACUCAGAUGCCUCAAGAGGAGCGGUGCUGAGAUGGACGAUGUGCCCGAUACCAGUUCAGAGGAAGGCAGCAUUGAUGUUGAGAAUGAUGAACCAAGUGGAUUUGGGGCUGAAUACCAAUGGUGUGGGGAAUGGAGGGUGAGGGCCACAGCUCUUCAGAACUCGGAGACGAGACCUGGGACCAGCGUUCGACGAGCUUCCACUGAUCAUGCAUUGGUGGUCGAUGAUGAUGAAGAUACAGAGUUGUAUGGACCACCUCAGUAUUCACCAUCAAGGAUAGAACCUGAUGCUGAGGAACCACCACAGAGUACAAGCGAAGUGGAAUGCGAACAGAGCGAGAUGAACAAUGAAGAAAAUGUUGUGGAAGUUAGGAAACCAAAUGGAUUGGUCGAAGCUAGUGCAGAGACCAGGAUACAGGCUCUUAAGAUGAAAAUCAGAGAAUUAGAAAAGAAACAGAAUUCUGCUGCGGAGGCCAAAUGUUUAAUAUGUCUUGCACAAUAUAUAUCUCCAGCUGUCUCCAUACAGUGCUGGCAUGUCUACUGCGAGGUAUGCUGGCUGCAAUCACUGAAAGCGAAAAAAAUAUGUCCGCAGUGCAACGCCAUAACGACCGCUAAUCAUUUGAGAAGGAUAUACAUGUAA